AUGAUUGCAUCUUCAGAACUUCUCCAGGAGCCUUGGUAUAAAGCAACGACUAAUGGCAGUGAUUUAUCCUCUGUUGAUGGCCUCAGUGCCUCUGCUGGGUCCAUAACAAGACCGACACCAAAACCAAACAGGAAGGCCUCGUUGUAUUCGCUCAUCGCCGGCAAGGACAACUCUCUGUUCUCCAACUCUUCUCAGCAAACAGUAACUCCUUACACUUCGCUUCAGAGCUCCACGACCUCGUUUUCAACUCUGUCCAGCAAUAUCUUUCCAUUGGAGAAAUUCCGUUUGAAAAAGGCAAAAUCUUCGUUCAACAUGCAAGGUCCAGCAUCGCCAUCUGCAAUUGCAGGCCCAUCUGAUCUUUCCCGAAUCCAUUCAGUCACUGCCAUCUCGCAGAGCAACCUCAGAAAGGAUUUGUGGGCGCCCGCCCACGAUAAUGAUACUGAUGCAGUGCUGCGAAUCAUAGACCGCCCACCAAACUUGUCACGGAUUAGUACCGAAACUGAUACACCCAAAGUUUCCGUUCGAGUCGUUGGAAGAGGUGGUCAGGGAUCCCGUCCUCGUCCAACAAAUCAACGGAUCUCCCAUCUGCAUCAGUCUCUUCAGGAUCAACAGAUUAGCACUACUUCUUUAGUUGAUUCAUUUGAUAAUGUGUCAAGGACACAUGCAAAAGCACCUGCAGUGCCAGGCCCAAUAAGCAUCGCGCGCGUCGUGGGAAGAGGAGGCUUAGGUUCAAAACGUCGCGUCCACUUGAACUCUUCUUCGACUUUUUUGUCGCCCUCUCUCUCGAGCGAUCCUCGUGUAUACCCGCAUCAGCGGACACAAAGUACACCGACUCACUCUAGAAAUUUCGCAGGAAGUUCAUCUUCACUCCAAUCUCCGGCUAUUCGAGUAAGUGGUCGAGGAGGUGCCGGAUCGCGUCUUCGGGUCAAAUCACCUUCUCCAGCUUCAGGGCCAUCCCUCGCCACAAUGUGCAAGAUUAAAUGGAAGAAUCGAAAGAGAGCUCAAUCUAAAUCCGAUACUAGUGCGUUCCAAGAACCAUCGAUUUCACCUCGUCCCAAAAUUUCGAGAUUUGUUUCACUCAAACGUGCGAAAGUGGACAACAAUAUCCCUCAGUCGAACGAUAACAACGACGACGAAUCUCAACCUCUUCCAGUCAUCCCAGCAUCCCCGCCUCUUCCUAAUACCGUGGAUCUGGAGCAUGAUCCUACUUCCACAUCUACAACGCUCUCAGUAUACGUCCAUCCAUCAGAUGUCCGUCUUCCCGCUGCUGCUCCACGGAACAAACUCGAGCGCACAUUAGGCGAUGCAGUGCCUUCUCAUAUGCUCCUAUCCGCCAACGCCAAUCACAUACCUGACAUUCCUCUUGGUAAACCAGAUCGGCGACGGUCUCGGGGUUCCAUACAUUCGUUGUCAUCGCUCAGUUCUACUGCCAAAUCAAAUCACCGACGCAGCGUAGCGCGGUCUCUCUCGAGUCUAGGAUCGUUUAUACGCCUCUCUAACUCUCGACCAUCAUCGGAUGUCUUUGUGUACUCAGAAGAAGGCGGGAAUGAUGUAUUUGACGUUAUCGAGGGUGAUGAUGACAAGGAGGAAGUGUGUUGGAUCGAUAAUGAAUUUGAUUCGUAUCCACGAGAGGGCACUGUUACUCCCAUAUCACCCAUGGUAUUCUCCGUACGACCUCCCUCACCUAUGCCUCCCUCCAAACCGAAGCUCAUCGUUGACUCUAACAUCUCGGUCGAUGGGACCUCAGCGAGUGUAGUCUCAGUAGGUACAGAAGCAGAUGGACAAGACUCCAGCGUGCUAAGCUCAGACGAUGAUCAUCGUAGUGCGCAUUCAGAAGUACACACCCAAGCGACAUCUCUCAACGACAGUUCGCUUUCUGAUACACCUUUCUCUUUCACCGAUGUAUGCGAUACUGCACCACAGCCAGCAUCCCCAAUUAUAUUUUUCUCGGAGCCCGAGCCCGAGUCCGAACGCCCAUCGUCUACCGUUCAUCUAUUUUCACCGCGUUCAGACGCGGAAUUUGAUGUCACAGAAAGCACUCCUCGGACUCAACUGGAAGCCCUUCUAUCAGAGCCCAUUCAGUCUUUGACGAAUUCUCCGAGCUCGACCUCACUCUUUCGAAGCUCAUUUCCUUUCCAUCCUAGGAGAGAAGAAAGAGAGGUGGUUGAACCUCAUGCACAUGGCUGGACGGGUGAGUGGAAUAGGAAGAAUAUGCAAGACGUGAUUCGGUCCUUGCGGGAACUCAAGUGA